AUGUCCCAAGUACACCGGCAAAAAAUCAGCAAGGAAUCCGAAGAAGCGCAACCACAGCUUCAAUCCCCUCCCAAUCACACAGGAGGCCGCGAGCCCGCAAAACUUGCACGAAGAGCGCCCGCGCCACAAGAGUAUGAGGACGAUGUAAUGCCAGCUCCUCUUUCUGGUAGGAGGAUUAGUCUGAUUCGCGGUGCGCGAAUCAGGGAUCGACCAGCGAAAGUGGACGAGGAGGAAGGCAGUUUGAAGAUCAAAAUUGACCUGCUGGAAGUUGAGGUAGAGCUCUAUACACAAGUUAGGGGCGAUGUGACCGUUGGUCUACUGUAA